AUGCCCUCCUUCACCAUUGCGGGCUGGGGUCGUUGGCAAGCGAUUACCGGCUACCCCACCGCACCCUGGCUCGUAGAAGAUGGCGCUCAAAAUAUUGUCCAUUGGAGCGUCCAAAUGCGUGAAGUGAUUUCAUCAUUUGUGGCGUCAUUCUUUGCAGCACCGGCAAGCAAAAAGCUUCGAGUCACUCAGCGCAAAUCGGACGCACAUGUAGAAGGCCGCACAGCUUGGACGUCCUUUGUCAGCGCAAACUGGAAGUCUGUUUGGAAGGCUCAAGAUAUCAUUGACGCGACGUUGAAGGAGCAAUCCUGUGGCCCUUACAAGGCAAUGGGCCGGAGGAAAUCCCGCAAUCUUCCGACUUUAGAAAGAGCUCAGGUUCACAAGGCUUAUCCAUUCCUCGCAUACGCACUCUUUGGUGAAGACAGUGCCGCCAAUGCCACUGCGACGUUCCUCAAAGACAAUGUUCAAGACUUCCUCGAGCGGAUCAUGGCAUGCAUGUGGAACCGAUACUGGAAAAAUUUAAAUCGCGAGCGGGUCAAAAUGGUGGAACUUCAGGCCACAGUGAAAACAUCUUGGCUAGCUCGCAUACGACACUAUCUGGCUAGUUCAGACAAAUUAAUCACGUUGUUGAAACGAUACAACGAUCCGGAAUCUGUCAAACAGAUCAAAGAUCAGCGUCAACAAAUUUGUACCAUGAUUUUCUAA